GAACCCAUCAUUAACUAUGCUCACCUUUCACUCAUUAAUGGCUCAUGUUUUUGUCUGGCUCUGAGCCCGUAAUCAAUUAGGCUUUCCAUCUUCUUUCCCUUUCAUGAGGACCCACUUAAGCGCCCCUGAGAAAUGGUGCAUGGAGAGAGCUAGUUUCGGUGCAUGGAAGUUUGGUAAAGACGUAUCUUUUUAUGGGUUUCCUUUCUGAAGACAUUCUAAAGUUGCCAUAAAUUGAGGUUGCAUAUGUAUUGAGCAGCCAACAAGCUUUGCACUAUGCAGCCAUGGCGACUUUGACAGAAAAGCUGUGCCAUGGAAAGCGAUGGGCUCUUUUGCAAAAGCCACUCCCAAAGCUCUAGUAGUAUUCUUGCGAAAAGAAGCUUUCAAGGGGAAAGUGAGGAACAUAGAUAGAUAGAUAUAUAGAUAGAUGGAGAGAAGGAAAGAGGAAAAGAAGAUGCCAGCUGUUUGGAUGGCUCUGAGGAGAUCACUCCAGUGCAGAGCAGAGCCAUUAGAGGUUCAUGAUCCGAAUCUCAUCUGUGGUGAUGAUGAUCAUGGCAACACAAUAUUGACCAAGAAAACAGGCAGGUUUGGCUGUUCGACGUCAAUAAGGUCUAUUUCAAACCUCAAGGAUGUCAUCCAUGGAAGCAAGAGACACAUGGAAAAGCCACCAUCUUCUAGUCCCAAAUCCACUGCUGGAAGCUGCAGUGAAUUAGGCUUUGGAUUCAAUGGUAUUAUUGAUCAUGAUGGGCCUUGUAUUGGAAAAACUUCUCUUGGUUCUUCGACUUUACUAUUGACUUGCCAUAAAUGUAGUGAACAAUUCUCCAAGUGGGAAGCUGUUGAAGCUCAUCAUCUCUCCAAACAUGCCGGUAAAAACAACCCUUUAGUUUCCUUUCACAAUCUUAUAACUCAUAUGAUACUUAAGCGUCGUCUUAGUUUCCUUUCACAAUGUUGUGUAGUGACGAAGCUUGAUGAAGGAGACUCAUCCAGGAAGAUUGUACAGAUGAUCUGCCAAACUGGCUGGCUGAAGAACGGCAACAAGUUCGGGCACAUCGAGAGAAUCCUCAAGGUCCACAACAUGCAAAAGACAAUCGCUCAAUUCGAAGAAUACAGAGAAAUCGUGAAGAUCAAAGCCAGCAAGCCGCAGAAGAAGCACCCCCGGUGCCUGGCCGACGGGAACGAGCUUAUGAGGUUCCAUGGCACCACUGUGGAGUGCCCUCUCGGCAUCAAUGGCUCGUCGAGCCUCUGCACAUCGGACCGUUGCAAUGUCUGCAGAAUCUUAAGGCACGGGUUUCCCUCCAAGAAGGAGCUGAGCAGCGGCGGCAUUGGUGUCUUCACUGCUUCAAAUGGUACAAGAGCAUUGGAGGCCAUUGAACCACAAGAAAAUAAUUCAUUGCCAACUGGAAAGCGAGCUCUGCUAAUUUGCAGAGUCAUAGCCGGGAGAGUUCACGGGCCGGUGGAGAGUCUUCAAGAGCUCUCCCGCCGAUCAGGAUUCGAGUCAUUGGCCGUAAAAGUUGGGCUGUAUUCGAACAUUGAGGAACUGUUUUCACUGAAUCCCACUGCUCUGCUUCCUUGCUUUGUGGUGAUUUUCAACUCCUGAAUGCCUGUGUGUAUCCACAGAGAGUCCACUUUCUAGCUAAAUAGGCGGUGUCAGGCUCCUUCUUGGCAAUUUGACAUUCUAUUCCUAGCAAAUUAAAUUAGGCAUGUAUGUUUGAUUAUAGUUUUUAUCUUUAUAAUUAAUUUUUUUUGUAAUGUGGGAAUUUCAAUGGGUACC